UAGAAGGUAGCAGCUCAUCGCAUCUCGAAAUUCGCUCGUUGUGACGAUCACGACAACUCCGGACUGAACGAACCCAAAACCCCCACUACACCAAAGAACACCCCACCGACCUCAAUCGCAAUGGCAACAACGGGAGGUGCAUUCCUAGCUGGCGGUAUCGCCGCCUGCGGUGCCGUCACGGUAACCCACGGCUUCGAGACGGUCAAGACACGGUAUCCUCCCCCCCAUCCCCGCGUCCGCCCUCCGAAGGCCCCCGCUGACUCCCACCGCAGCCUGCAACUCCAGGGCGAGCUCUCCUCAAAGCAAGCGACGAAGCGCGUCUACACGGGCAUCUUCCAGGGCGUAACCGUGAUCCUCAAGAACGAGGGACUCCGCGGGUUGCUGGCCGGCCUGGGCACUGCGUACUGCUACCAGAUCAUGCUCAACGGGUGCCGCCUCGGCUUCUACGAGCCAGUCCGCACCUCGGUGACCUCGCUCUUCCACGACAACCCGCUGGAGCAAAACUUCGCCAUCAACAUCUUUGCCGGCGCGUCCUCGGGCGUGCUCGGUGCCGCGGUCGGCUCCCCAUUCUUCCUCAUCAAGACGCGGCUGCAGAGCUACUCGCCGUUCCUUCCCGUCGGCACACAGCACAAGUACAAGGGGGCGAUCGACGGGUUCGGGCGGAUCUACGCAGCCGAGGGCAUCAAGGGGUGGUACCGGGGGGCGGGCGCGGCAAUGAUCCGGACGGGCUUUGGGUCGAGCGUGCAGCUGCCCACGUACUUCUUUGCCAAGCGCCGGCUGCAGAAGCAUUUGGGAAUGAGCGAGGGCGUCGGCCUGCACCUAGCGUCGUCCGCCGCCAGCGGCUUCGUCGUCUGCUGCGUCAUGCACCCCCCGGAUACUGUCAUGAGCAGGAUGUACAACCAGACCGGUGACAAGUAUAAGAGCGCUGUCGACUGCCUCAUGAAAACUGUCAGGACCGAGGGCCUGCUGGCUAUCUACAAGGGCUUCACCGCGCACUUGGCACGCAUCUUGCCGCACACCAUCUUGACCUUGACACUGGCGGAGCAGACGACAAAGUACGUGCGGCAGCUCGAGGAGCGGAUCUUCCUAGACUAGACAGCUACCUAUCUAGCAUGAUGCCGUGGGAAAAAA